AUGGGGAAUCUUCUAAUCAUCAUAGUUGUUGCCUUUGACCGCCACCUUCACAACCCAUUACUCCUUACUCACCAUCAUGGCAUACGACGAUACAUUGCCAUCUGCCAGCCGUUGCAUUACGAGAGAGUGAUGAACAGGAGAGCUUGUGUCCAAAUGGCAGCACGUGCUUGGAUGAGUGUUUUUGUCUACACUGCACUCCACACCGGGAACACCUUUGCACUAUCCUUCUGUGGAGGCAACAUGGUGGAUCAGUUUUUCUGUGAAAUCCCCCAGCUCCUCAAGCUCGCCUGCUCUGACUCAUACCUCCGUGAAACUGGGGUUAUUGUCUUUAGUACAUGCUUAGCCUUCAGCUGCUUUGUUUUUAUAGUUGUGUCAUAUGUUCAGAUCUUCACCACAGUGCUGAGAAUCCCCUCUGAGCAGGGCCGGCAUAAAGCUCUAUCCACCUGCUUCCCUCACCUCGCUGUUGUCUCCUUGUUCUUUUUCACUGUAGCCUUUGCCUACCUGAAGCCCUCCUCCAGUUCAACAUCAGGUCUGGAUCUCAUGGUGACUGUUCUCUAUUCUGUGAUGCCUCCAGUGAUGAAUCCGAUCAUCUACAGCAUGAGGAACAAGGAGAUCAAAGCUGCCCUGAGGAAACUGAUGGCAGAGAGAUUAUUCACCAAAAAUGGAAUGUCCACUGUCCAUCUUUCAUCUUUGAUUGGGAUAUCUUCCUGUGUUUCUUUUUAA